AUGAGCACAAGUUGGUCUUCUGCUGCUCCUCCAAAUCCAACUGAAGGUCCUGUUUGUUAUUGUGGUCUUGUGUGUCCAAUGAUUAGAGCAAAAACAACCAACAACUUUGGAAGGGCCUAUUACGGAUGCCCCAGGUGGAGAGAGCCAAACGGAUGCACAUUUUUUAGGUGGGUGGAUAGUAGCUCUGAAUCUUCUGAAGUGUCUCGAUUUAGUGGGUUACAAAGGUUAGAUGAGUUGAAGCAAAAGUUAGAGGCUGCAUUGGAAAGGGAGAAGCAUGUUAAUGCUGAAGUUGAAAUCAUUCGCAAAGAAAGGAAAAUACUGUGUUUCAUUAUGGUUGUGUCUUGGGUGUUUGGGGCAUUUGUAUUCAUGUUUACUUUGGUCUACUCUGGACUGCAUUGUAGAUCAUUCCCUUGA